AUGUCUAAGCUUCUUACCGUCUUUGGCGCCACCGGCAACCAGGGGGGCUCCGUCAUCAGGGCCGUACUCGCCGAUCCCGUCCUGUCCAAGCAGUUUGCUCUUCGGGGCGUUACGCGAGACGCCUCCAAGCCCGCCGCCAAGGAGUUGGUCGCAAAAGGUGUCGAAAUUAAAACGGCCGACUUGUCCUCCGCCACCGAGGUGGCGGCCGCCAUCGCUGGCUCUCACACGGUAUUCCUCGUCACCUCGCCCAAUUUCUUCAACCCCAGCGCCAGCCCUGAGCUCGCCCACGGCAAGAUCGUUGCCGACGCCGCCACCGCCGCCAAGGUCCAGCACCUCAUCUACUCAUCCCUCCUCCACGUGACCAAGGAAACCGAGGGCCGCCUCAGCCAUGUCACCCACUUUGACCAAAAGGCAGACGUGGAGACUUACAUCCGCGAAAAGGCCAUCCCUAGCACAUUCGUCCUGCCCGGCUACUUCAUGUCGAACUUCACCGUCUCGCAGAUGCUCCGAAAGGGCGAGGACGGUGCCUACACCCUUGCCUACCCCGUCUCCGCCGAGGCCCGCUUCCCGCUCAUCGACGCCGAGGCCGACACUGGAAAGUACGUUGCUGCCGUCCUGCAGGAUCCCUCUCGCCACCUGGGCAAGCAGAUUCUUGCUGCGUCAGGAUACUAUACGCCUACCCGCAUUAUUUCCGAGUUUGAGGAAGUGACGGGCAAGAAGGCGACCUUCAUCCCACUCGACUCUGACACGUACAAGAGCUUCCUACCCCCGUCAAUGGCGCAGGAGGUUCUUGAGAACCAUCUGUUUAUUGAGAAGCCCGGAUACUACAAGGGCCAGCCGCUGGAGCCGACCGAAAAGCUUCUGGCUGAGGUUGGGCUCAAGUCGACGUCUUGGAAGGAGUUUCUUGAGAAGAACAAGAGCGCCUUUGUUUGA